CGCACUAUUUGGCAGUCAAAAAACUUUGUUGUUUAUCUAUUUUUUAGUGGAUUUCGUAUGAAACUUAUGAAGAUGUGGUCGAAUUCUUCUUAUUUUAAUACACUAAACAAAAGUGAUCAACUAGAUUACAAGAAAAAAUUGACAUUAGAAAAUAAGGAAACGUUGCCAGACCCGUAUUCAAUCGAUAAACCUUAUUGGAGUACAGAUUUGACAAAAAUACCAGAUAUAUCUUGGGGUGACGUUUAUAAUUACCUUAUCAAUUCUACAAGUGAGUACACCCAUGAAAAGCUUAAAGCUUUUAAAUCUCUUGAGGCAUAUAACUUUUUUUUGUGUGGACAUGUUAAUGACAUUUAUUACUAUGAAGUUUCGAAAGAUUGUGAAUUCUGCUUUUUAAAAUCAAAGGUUCUUCCAAGUCAAAGGCAAGGACAAAAUCAAAAACUAUACAGUGUUUGGGUUGUUCUUCAUAAAAAAAUUGGAUAUAUUUUAACUGGCAAUUGUAAAUGCAUGGCAGGUCUGGGAUCUGUAUGCAGCCAUGUGGCUGCAUUGCUGUUUAAGAUCGAAGCAUGCAUUCGAACUGAAGUUCAUAAGACUGCAGUGACUAGUAAAUUGUGUCAAUAGAACCAAAUAAAAAGUAAAGCAGAAGCAUCAUCAUUGCAAAAUAUAUCUUUUAAUAGACCAAAACUUAACGAUUUACCAAUUGAAAGGACAUUGUCUAACAGUAAUAGUAAAAAUUAUACUGUCAAUGCAGAACAAUCCAUUAUAAAUUUAGGUGUAGAUAAAGUCAUAGAACUGCAAAAAAAUUAUGCUUAAAGCAGCUUAUUUUAACGAUGUAAAUGUCUUGGAACUUUCCUAUGAUACUGAGGGUACUUUAACAUCUGAUGAGAAUGAAGAAAAUCUAUGUUCAGAAUCUCUUACUAGUCUACUUGAUUAUGAAGCAAUCAAUUUAGAUAGUGCCACUCUCAAAGAUAUAUGUAAUUUAAAAUAUGAAGAAUACAAAUCAACUUACACUUCAAAUUCAUUUAAAUUUUUUAUCUGAAAGUACUAAACUGCAAAGUUUAUCUAGUGCAUGGAAUAUUCACAGAGCAGGCAGAAUUACAGCAUCUAAUUUUUAUGAAGUUAUGCAUUUUAAAUAUAAAAACUCAAGUAACUCGUUGCUUAAUAAGUUAAUGUGUUAUACCAAAGCACCAAACACACCUUCUUUAACUUACGGCAGAAAAAUGGAAUGCAAAGCCAGGAAACACUAUCGAACUAUUAUGAAAGAAAAACACAAUGAUUUUCAAGUGACAGCUACUGGCCUUCAUAUUUAAUACAAUAGACAUAUCUAGGAGCGUCCCCUGAUUCUAUAGUGAGCUGCUCUUGCCACAGUGAUGGUUUGCUCGAAAUUAAAUGUCCAUUUAUUUAUCGGAAUGGUUUAGUUAACUGGGAAAUGGAUAAUAGUUUCCCUAUUGACUCAUCUGGAACCAUGAAGAAAAAUCACAAAUAUUAUGCACAAGUUCAAGGUCAAUUAUAUGUUCUAAAUAAAGAAUAUUGUGAUUUUUUUGUCUGGGCUCCAAAUCAUUAUUUAUUAUUUCGAGUAACUAAAGACUUAGAGUUUAUUGAUGAAAUGAUGCCUUUGCUCUGGAAAUUUUUCAUUGAAUGUUUACAACCUGAAGUUGUUACACGCAAAAAUGAUGUAUGUUUAGACAAUAAGCAAAAGUAUUACUGUACUUGUAAAAGACCCUGUUUUGAACCAAUGAUAGCUUGUGAUAAACCAGGUUGUAAAGUUGAAUGGUUUCAUUAUUCUUGUGUGAAAAUUACACGGGCUCCAGUUGGUCCAUGGAUAUGCAACAGUUGCUCAAAAUGAAAUUAUAUUGAAUAUGAUUCUGCAUUUUAACACUGUUACUUUGCUGUUUGUAAUCUGUACUCCAAUAAGGUUUAUCGAUUGACUACGGUUCCGGCAACGUUUCACUAUUUGCUAAUGUUAUUCAUCUUGUAAUCUAGAUGAUCACUGCUGUUUAGUUUUAAAAGAAAAGUUUUAAAAGCGGUUAUUUUCAUAGCCACAUGUUGUUAAAAUCAUUAUU